CAAAGAGGCUGCAGAACAUGUGGAGUGGCCCAGCAAAGUAUUGGGCCGAGCCCAGUAGCAGCUCAGCUCCAAGUCCACAAGCGCCUCGGCCGGAGCAGCCGAACCCGACCCGACCCGACCGCCAUGGCGCUCCUCCUCGCCGCCGCCGCCGGACGGCGCCUCUCUCGCCGCCUUCGCCAACUGAGUAGCCCACACCACCUCCGCUCCUGCUCCUCGUCAGGAGGGGAAGGGGACCGGGCUGAUGGCGCUGCUUUGGAGCCGGAGUCCCCCGUCCGCGCCCCGCCGGACGAGCAGUUCGCGGCGUGGGUCGCGCGGCUCCGGCCGGGCUUCACCGCGGGGGACCUGGCCGAGGCGAUCUCCUCCGAGCGGGACCCCGACCUCGCCCUCGCGCUCUUCCGGUGGGCCGCGCUCCGCCCGGGGUUUCGCCACGCCCCGGCAUCCUACCUCGCGGCGCUGGCCGCGGCCUCCUCCGGCCGCCGCCCCGCCGCCGCGGAGAACCUCGUCUACGACGUGCUCUCGGGGGCGUGCGGCCCCGACCUCCAGCUCUUCAACGCCUGCCUCCGCUUCUGCUGCUCCCGCCGCCGCCUCUUCCCGCUCGCCUUCGACAUGUUCAACAAGAUGCGGUCCCUCCCGGCCUCCUCCGCCUGCCGCCCGGACGUCGAGACCUACACGCUCCUCCUCACCUCCGUCGUGCGCCGCGUCCGCCGCCCGCCCGCUUCCAUGGUCUACCUCCACGCCGUCCGGUCGCUCUCCCGCCAGAUGAAGGCCUCCGGCGUGGUCCCGGACACUUUCCUGCUCAACCUAAUCAUCAAGGCGUAUGCCCGCUGCCUUGAGAUAGACGAUGCCCUCAAGGUGUUCCGUGAAAUGCCGCUAUACGGCUGUGAGCCCAAUGAGUUCACCUAUGGCUACAUUGUCAAGGCCAUGUUCCAGAAGGGCAGGACUGACAAGGGAAUGGUGUAUUUUCGGGAGGCAAGGGAGAAGGGAUUUGUGCCGACCGGUGGUGUGUACAUGACGGCCGUGUCGGCGCUAGCAUUGGAGUGGAGAUUUGAGGAAUCAAAAAAGGUUUUGAUAGAUAUGUUGGAUUGCAAGAGGAGGCCAGAUAUGAUUACCUACAGGACACUGAUGGAGGAGAUGUGCAGGGCUGGACACACAGAGGAGGCGUUCAAGCUGCUGGAGGAGCUGAAAGAGAGGAAGCGAGUGCCAUUAGAUCAGAGGAUGUACUCAGAAUUGCUUGAUGGGCUACACUGGAUUUCUCAGCCACAUCAGGACAGGCUUCCACCCUGUGACAGGCGUUCCGAUGACUGAAAUGCUUUUGAUUAAUGGAUCGACUUGCAUUGUAUGGUGGUGAUCAUGGGCAUUAGAAAUCAAAUGCAUGGCUUCUUGAGAAGAAUGUGCACCUCUUUCCGAUGACUGAAAUGAUCAUGGGCAUUAGAAAUCAAAUGCAUGGCUUCUUGAGAAGAAUGUGCACCUCUGUUUGAAAAUUCAAGAUGAAUUGAUGCACAGGAGCUAUCUUCUGUGGGAUUAUCUAGUUGACUCCUAAUUUGCCCAACCAUUCUGCCAGCAUGAUUGAUGUGAUGGGGAUGCAAAGCCCAAAGGGUUGAAGAUACCUGCAAAUGACCUUCUUGGAGAUGGGAUCGAAAUUCCCUGUAAACAUGUGGCAACUAUUGUUGACUGGUGAUAGCUGAUAAACUCACCUGCAAAGGCAAAUCAUAGAGUAAAUCUUGCAGGGCCGCUCAGGAAAGUUGUUUCAGGUAUUAUAUAUGAUAUGAACAGAUAUCAAACAAAACUUUGAUGUGUCACACUUUUAAUUGUUUUUCGCUCGUAAUGUGCAAUAGCAGAGAAUAUAUAUGCCAAGUGCAGUUGCUCUUUAUACAGAGAUAAAUAUAUGCACAACAAUCAUGUGCCAUUUUUUUUGUUUCAGAAUGCUCCCAUACAGACUAUUACAAUUUGUUCGCAUAGUAAGGAUACAGCUAAGAAUUCAAUUCUCUGGAAUUUGAGUGUCCAACCCUAACAUCGACUCUGCAACUUUAAGUAGGAAACAACUCCUGGAUAUGCAAUGGCGGGCUGGAGCAACUCUAAUCUUUGGUUUGAACACUAGCGCAAUGGUUUUUUCUCUACUAUGUCAAGACCAAGGGUUUUGUAUUUGUCCAGUAAUGGAAGCAGCAAACCGAUCUGUUUAUGAAGCCAAUUUAUAUCCUCUCUUGUGUAUGAAUUAAUACAUAGAACAUAUUAUGUCAGAGCUUCGGAGCUGUAGUCCCAGUUGUGACUUGAGAGUAGAUGUGCCAAACUGCCAAUAGCAGCAGAAAGCGUAACUUUCAUCUGAAAGUAUCAGUUGGUGCCCUUGGUCUUAUGAUAUUUCAAGCGUCAAGUGUUGUUAAUCAGUUGUGCCAUCACUAUUCCUUUGUUCUUGAAGUGAAUAAAAGUGAAUCAGCAUAUAUUUUUUAAGCUU